CUUCCUCCCUCCCUCAUUUCUUCCUCCGUUCAAGUUGUCUGAGGAGUUUUCCUCCUGGCUUGCUUUGGGACGGACGCGUGUCGUGUACCAUGGCGUCCGUAUUGAUCGUUCUUCUCCUGCUUACCCCUUGGGUCUAUGGCGACGUCCCGAAUGAGGAUAUGCCUUCGCAGAAGCAAAAGUUGCUGGUUGUCCUCGUUCAAGGUGUACGACUCGACUACAUCGACCAUGAUGCGCACGCUGGAUUCGCCCGUCUGGCCAGACAAGGUGUGAGAGCUGAGUACGUGCUGCCCGUGUUUCCCGCUACUCCGUACCCAAACUCCUACAGCAUCGCUACCGGUCUCUAUUCGGAGUCUCACGGUGUCAUAGCAGACUACAUGUUUGAUGAAGAACACCAAUCGGUCUUCUUGGGUUUACCUCAUAGCCGUGCAGCGAUGCCUUAUUGGUGGGACCGCGCUGAACCCAUUUGGAUCGCGGCCGAACGCCGUGGACUUCGAUCGGCUGUCUACUGGUGGCCCGGCUGCGGAGUGGCAUUCAACGAAACACGCCCCGCGAUAUGCAUCCCGUAUCCCCACAACAAUCCAGACCAGCGUACAUCUAUUGACGAAGACUUUCGCAACAAGGUCAAUGAGGUGCUGGAAGUGUUCGGCACGGACGAGCUCAGCUUGGCCAUGAUGCACUACGGACUCGUCGGACAUUACGGUCGACUCCACGGACCGGGAAGCAGGGAGCGACGUAGAGCUCUCUACGAAUUCGACGGUCACUUGACUUACAUUCUGGACAAAUUAGAUGCCCUCAACCUCACGGAGGAGGUGACGUUAAUGGUCGUCUCCGAUCACGGCUUGGCAGACACCGGCCUGGAGUCGACGACAGACAUCGUACUGGAGAAGUAUGCGCCCUACAUCAAGUACAUGCUAAAUUACGGAUCCUUCUCUAUGGUGCAGCCUGGAAAAGACAUGCUUUUACCACUCCACAAAUCAUUGACUGACGCGCACAUAGAAGGACUCCAAAUAUACACGAAAGAAGAACUUCCAGACAGAUACCACAUCAAGCAUAGUCACAGGCUACUUCCUCUUUUCCUCAUGACAAUGCCCAAGUAUUACAUUUUGCCGUUACAUGAUAGUAGAAGAACCAAGUUGGAGCGACCUAAACGGUAUCUAGGAUUCCACGGGUAUGACCCUGAACUUCCUGAGAUGCGAACCAUUUUCUAUGCCCAAGGUCCAGGCCUGAAACAAGAUCACGUCAUCAAACCCAUAGUAAACGUGGACUACUACAACUUUAUGUGCCGCGCUUUGGGUCUGGAGCCGCGGCCGAACAAUGGAACCUGGAGCAGGGUCGACGACGCCCUCGUCGAAUCCGACAUAGGAUUUCCAAACUUCGGCAGCUCCAUGAUGGAAAACAGCGCCACGAUCCCUUCGCAGGACAUGUGCCCCAAGGUACAACGCCGUGUCGCCGUACUCAUUGGGAUGGUUGCUACGUCACUGUGGUCGUGUUCCACGUGAACCGUCGAAAAUGAAAUACAUUACAGUCAGGUGUUACUUCAGUGUGCUCGAAGUACGGCAGUGACGCGGGCGCACUCUGGUGCAACGUGCAUGUAGUUACGUCGCCGUUGCGUCCAAGAAGGGAAGAGGCGCAUUCCAAGCCAAAGAGACUUGCAGCGUCGUCCAAUUUUGUGUGAACAUUCCCACCGAACGUUGACAACCAUUUCCAGAGUGCUGUGCUAGUGAUUCAGCUGCCACGCUUGUUGCCUUUUGCACCAUUCUACAGUGUCUUCUAAUGCUUAAUAACCGUAGCCGCAAUGUCUAAUUGCGUACGUAUACGUGUGCAUAUGUUAUGUGUGCGCAUACCCGGUGAGUGCAAUGACAUAAGUAGAAACCUCGCUUCUUCUUUGCAUCUACGCAUCGUACGUGAUGUAAAUUGUUCCAGCCGAACCUGCACGGCAGUAGCCUGUGGUGGCUCGUGCCACAUGGUGUCCACUUAUGGAGGGUUUUGCCAACUCGUCUGCACCGUCAAGCGAUGGGUUGCUCUCAGAUGUUCUCGCAGUUCGGAACUUCUAUAUCUAGCAGCGCAUAUGGAUUGAUAGGCACUGCUAGUAAUACAAAUUACGGCUACACUGGACAAUCAACGCAAUAGGGUUCUGUAAAUUGCUACCAUGUGGCUUCACUGCACCGAAAUUUGCGUAACACAAUCCGCCGUGUUAGUAAAAUACAAAAAAUAUCCAUCGCUUCACCUUGCUAUGGUUUCAAAGCAGGUCACGACUUAGGCAUCGCAUGUCAUGCACGAACGUCACGCGCUCAUAGGCUGCUGUAAUCGUAGUUAUCCUUGAAAACAACGGUGGGUAUGCAAAAUGA